AUGCGCCCCGAAGUCGAGCAGGAGCUCGCCCAUACCCUCCUUGUCGAGCUCCUCGCAUACCAAUUCGCCUCCCCCGUCAGAUGGAUCGAAACCCAAGAUGUCAUCCUCCAGGAGAAGCGUACGGAGCGCAUCGUCGAAAUAGGCCCCGCUGACACCUUGGGUGGAAUGGCCAGGCGUACGAUUGCGUCCAAAUACGAAGCUUACGAUGCAGCUACCUCCGUCCAACGCCAGAUUCUGUGUUAUAAUAAGGAUGCAAAGGAGAUUUAUUACGAUGUUGAUCCCGUAGAAGAUGAGCCGGAGUCCGUCCCUGCUACUGCUGGUGCUGCGGCUUUCACCACUCCUGCAGCAUCCGGCUCUGCUCCUACUCCAGCGGCUGUUCCAGCCCCAUAUCCAGCUUCAGCUCCAUCCCCAUCGACUGGACCAGCUGCUGCUGUUGCGGAUACACCAGUUACAGCUCUGGAUAUAGUUAGAGUGCUUGUGGCGCAGAAAUUGAAAAAGCCCCUGGCAGAUAUUCCCCUGACAAAGGCUAUUAAGGAUCUAGUUGGAGGCAAAUCAACUCUUCAAAAUGAAAUUUUAGGCGAUCUCGGAAAAGAAUUCGGCUCAACCCCAGAGAAACCAGAAGAUACGCCACUAGAUGAGCUUGGUGCUGCUAUCCAGCCUACUUUUAAUGGCCAACUUGGCAAACAAUCCUCAUCACUCGUUGCAAGACUUGUUUCGUCCAAAAUGCCCGGUGGUUUCAAUAUUACCGCUGUCCGAAAGUAUCUUGAAACAAGAUGGGGACUGCAAGCAGGUCGACAAGACAGCCUUCUUCUUCUGGCUCUAACUAUGGAGCCUGCAUCGCGACUGGGCUCGGAAACGGACGCCAAAGCAUACUUGGACGAUGUUGCCAAUAAAUAUGCCGCCCAUGCGGGUAUCAACCUUUCUACCACUCCCGCUGGUGGAGAUGGAGGCAAUGGAGGUGGUGGCAUGAUGAUGGACCCAGCCGCUCUAGACGCCCUCACUAAGGAUCAACGUGCAUUCUUUAAGCAACAACUCGAGCUUACGGCCCGGUAUCUUAAAAAAGAUCUUCGCGCAGGCGAUAAGGCUUUCCUGGCCUCCCAGGAAACUCAGGCUGCUCUCCAGGCGCAACUGGAUCUGUGGCAUGCUGAGCACGGUGACACAUACGCUUCUGGCAUAGCGCCGUCAUUCGAUCCUCUCAAGGCCCGCAUCUACGAUUCAUCUUGGAACUGGGCGAGACAAGAUGCGCUCAACAUGUAUUACGAUAUCAUCUUCGGCCGGCUAAAGGCCGUGGAUCGUGAAAUUGUCAGUCAAUGUAUCCGUCUUAUGAAUCGGUCGAAUCCUCUUUUGUUAGAAUUUAUGCAAUACCACAUUGACAACUGCCCAACCGAACGCGGCGAAACAUAUAAACUCGCAAAGGAACUUGGCCAGCAACUCCUUGAAAAUUGCAAGGAGGUUCUCAAUGAGAAGCCUGUUUACAAAGACGUUGCCGUACCAACAGGACCUCAGACUAUCAUUGACUCCCGGGGAAACAUCAAGUACUCGGAAAUUCCUCGAGGUAGCGCCCGGAAACUCGAGCAUUACGUCAAGGCAAUGGCGGAGGGUGGGCCCAUUUCCGAGUACAGUAACCGCGCCAAAGUCCAGAAUGACUUGAAGAGUGUCUAUAAACUCAUUCGCAAGCAACACAAACUCUCCAAGUCGUCUCAGCUGCAAUUCAAUGCUCUAUACCGCGAGGUUCUACGUGCGUUGUCCAUGAACGAGAACCAAAUCAUGCCUCAAGAAAACGGCUAUGCGAAGAAGGGCAGUCGCAAUAGCUCGAGAUCUCGCAUGAACGGUACGGUCGCCAACGGGAAUGGGAACGCAAACGGACACGGAAAUGGACGCACGGGCAAAGUGGAGACCAUCCCAUUCCUCCACCUCAAAAAGAAACACGCCAAUGGAUGGGAAUAUAGCAAGAAACUCACCGGCAUCUAUCUCGACGGGCUGGAAUCUGCUGCUCGCGCUGGCGUCACGUUCCAUGGUAAAAAUGCUCUGAUGACUGGUGCAGGGGCUGGAUCAAUUGGCGCGGCUGUAUUGCAGGGUAUGAUCAGUGGUGGUGCCAAGGUCGUCGUCACCACAAGUCGAUUUUCUCGAGAAGUCACUCAGUACUACCAGACUAUGUACACCCGCUACGGGGCGCGGGGUUCACAACUUGUUGUCGUUCCUUUCAAUCAAGGCAGUAAGCAGGAUGUUGAAGCGCUUGUGAACUACAUUUAUGAUCCCAAGAAUGGACUGGGCUGGGAUCUGGAUUAUAUCGUGCCAUUCGCUGCCAUCUCUGAGAAUGGCCGGGAAAUUGACGGCAUCGACUCGAAAUCUGAACUCGCACACAGAGUCAUGUUGACCAACAUUUUCCGCCUGCUUGGUUAUGUCAAGUCCCAGAAACACGAGCGCGGGUUCGAAACUCGUCCCGCUCAGGUUAUCCUGCCACUGUCUCCAAACCAUGGUACCUUUGGUAACGAUGGCUUAUACUCCGAGUCGAAACUCGGGCUUGAAACUCUCUUCAACCGCUGGUAUUCUGAAAGUUGGGCAAAUUACUUGACUAUCUGUGGUGCCGUCAUCGGCUGGACGCGUUGUACCGGUCUCAUGAACGCCAACGACGUGAUUGCCGAAGGUGUCGAAAAACUUGGCGUUCGCACGUUCUCGCAGCAGGAGAUGGCGUUCAACCUCCUAGGUCUCAUGGCGCCUGCCAUCGUCAACCUGUGCCAAAACCAGCCCGUCUUCGCCGAUCUUAACGGUGGCCUCCAGUUCCUGCCUGAUCUCAAUGUGCUGAUGAAGCGGCUGCACGGCGAGGUCAAGGAGACAAGCACCGUCCGGCAGGCUGUCACUAAGGAGACGGCGCUAGAGAAUAAGGUUGUCAAUGGCGAGAGCAGCGAGGCAUUAUAUAAGAAGGUCACCACAGUUCCCCGCGCGAAUAUCAAGUUUGAAUUUCCGAAACUCCCCGACUGGAAAGAGGAGAUCGAGCCGCUCAACGCUAAUCUUAAGGGUAUGGUGAAUUUGGAUAAGGUGGUUGUUGUCACGGGCUUUGCGGAGAUUGGUCCCUGGGGUAACUCACGCACCCGGUGGGAGAUGGAAGCGUACGGGAAAUUCUCACUGGAAGGCUGCAUUGAAAUGGCGUGGCUGAUGGGGCUGAUCAAGAACCAUAACGGUCCCAUCAAGGGCAAGCCAUAUUCCGGCUGGGUUGAUGCAAAAACCGGAGAGCCUGUCAGUGAUAAGGAUGUCAAAGCAAAGUAUGAGAAACACAUCCUGGAACAUUCUGGUAUUCGUCUUAUUGAGCCGGAGCUUUUUGGCGGGUAUGAUCCGAAGAAGAAACAGAUACUCCAGGAGAUCGUGCUGCAGGAGGAUCUGGAUUCAUUUGAGGCGUCCAAAGAAACUGCAGAGGAGUUCAAGCGCGAACAUGGUGAUAACGUGGAGAUUUUUGAGAUUCCUGAUUCUGGGGAAUACACUGUCCGCUUGCUCAAGGGAGCUACCCUUAUGAUCCCCAAGGCUCUUAAGUUCGAUCGCCUGGUUGCCGGCCAAAUUCCCACGGGCUGGGAUCCGAAGCACUAUGGGAUUCCGGAUGAUAUUAUCAGCCAGGUGGAUCGUGUUACUCUAUUUGUCCUAGUUUGCACUGUCGAGUCCCUACUUGCGGCUGGUAUCACUGAUCCAUAUGAAUUCUACAAAUAUGUCCAUAUCUCAGAGGUUGGUAACUGUAUUGGCUCUGGAAUUGGUGGAUCCCAUGCUUUACGGGGUAUUUACAAGGAUCGAUACCUUGAUAAACCGAUACAAAAGGAUAUUCUGCAAGAAUCUUUCAUCAACACCAUGAGUGCAUGGGUAAACAUGCUUCUGCUCUCAUCUACAGGCCCCAUCAAAACACCUGUUGGCGCGUGUGCCACAGCCGUCGAAUCCAUUGAUAUCGGUUAUGAGACUAUCAUUGAGGGGAAAGCGCGCGUUUGUUUCGUCGGCGGCUUUGAUGACUUCCAGGAAGAAGGGUCAUAUGAGUUUGCGAAUAUGCAAGCUACUAGUAACGCCGAGAAGGAAUUUGCCCAUGGCCGUACGCCCCAGGAGAUGUCCCGGCCAACUACCACCACGCGGAGUGGAUUCAUGGAGUCACAAGGUUGCGGCAUGCAGCUGAUAAUGAGCGCGCAGCUUGCAUUGGAUAUGGGUGUGCCCAUCUAUGGUAUUGUUGGUUUGACGACCACGGCUACGGAUAAGAUUGGUAGAUCUGUCCCUGCGCCUGGAAAGGGUGUCUUGUCAACUGCCCGCGAGAAUCCUGGAAAAUUCCCCUCCCCGCUUCUCGAUAUCAAUUACCGUCGUCGCCAGCUCGAUCUCCGCAAAGCCCAGAUCAAACAAUGGCAAGAGUCAGAACUUCUCUAUCUCAACGAAGAAGUUGAAGCAAUGAAAGCCCAAGCUACCGAACCAUUCAAUGUCGACGAAUAUAUGCAAGAGCGUAUCGAGCACAUCAAGCGUGAAGCAAUCCGCCAGGAGAAAGACGCCGCCUAUAGCCUGGGCAACAACUUCUGGAAGCGAGAUUCGCGCAUUGCUCCACUUCGCGGCGCACUGGCUACCUGGGGCUUGACCAUUGACGACCUCGACGUGGCGUCCUUCCACGGCACCUCCACUGUCGCCAACGACAAAAACGAAUGCGAUGUUAUCUGCCAACAGGUGAGGCAUCUUGGCCGCCAGAAGGGCAAUGCGAUGAUGGGUAUCUUCCAGAAGUACCUUACAGGUCAUCCCAAGGGUGCCGCAGGUGGCUUCAUGUUCAACGGUGCGUUGCAGGUGUUGAAUUCAGGCCUUGUGCCUGGCAACCGCAAUGCGGAUAACAUCGAUAAAGUCAUGGAGAAGUUCGACUAUAUCGUAUAUCCGAGUCGCAGUCUGCAGACAGAUGGCAUCAAGGCGUUCUCAGUGACGUCGUUUGGGUUCGGGCAGAAGGGAACUCAAGCGAUCGGCAUCCACCCCAAGUAUCUGUUUGCGACACUUGAUAAGACGACGUUUGAAGGGUAUAAGAGGAGGGUUCAGGCGAGACAGAAGAAGGCGUACCGGUAUUUCCAUAACGGGCUUAUUAAUAAUAGUCUCUUUGUGGCCAAGGACAAAUCGCCGUAUGCUGAUGAGAUGGAAACAAAGGUCUUCUUGAAUCCAGACAUUCGGGUUGUUCUUAAUGAGAAGACAGAUACCCUGGGUUAUGCUACCACUCCCGCCCAUGGCAAUGGCACCGCCAAUGGCAAAAAUGCCAGCCCCACGCACAAGUCAUCCACGCCAGCACCAUCCGAGGACCCUCAAACCCUCCACACGCGCCAGAUGGUCGAGUCCCUCGCCAAAGCGACUGCGUCCGAAAACUCCAAAGUCGGCGUUGACGUCGAAAGCAUCGCAGCCAUCAAUAUCGAGAACGAAACAUUCAUCGAGCGCAAUUUCACGGAGGAGGAGCAGCGGUAUUGUCGCGCGGCGCCGUCCCCGCAAGCGUCGUUUGCUGGCCGGUGGAGCGCCAAAGAAGCUGUUUUUAAGAGUCUUGGGGUCGCGGGCAAGGGGGCUGGGGCGGCAUUGAAGGAUAUCGAGAUUUUGAGUGGAAGUGGAGGUGGACCGGUUGUUGUUCUACACGGCGAUGCUGCUGCUGCUGCGAAGCAGGUGGGUGUUAAGGAGGCUAUCGCGAUCGCGAUGUCGAAGUUUUGA